AUGCAUCCUUUUGACUUCCUGACUGCACUUUGCUUGGGAAUAGUUUCAGCUACUAUAGAGCUUGAUCAAAGUUUAGAUGCACAGUGGAUCCGGUGGAAGGAGACACAUGGAAAACAAUAUGGUGUGGUUGAAGAAUGCAGAAGAGCCGUGUGGCAGAAGAAUAUGAAAAUGAUUAUGCAGCACAAUAGGGAAUACCUUCAAGGGAAACAUAGCUUCUUGAUGGCAAUGAAUGGCUUUGGUGACAUGACCAAUGAAGAAUUCAGGCACAUGAUGAUUGGUCUUAAAAUCCAGAAGAAUGAGAAUGGGACAGUGUUUAAAGUCCCUUUCCCUGCUGGUAUCUCCUUACCUAUGAAUAGGAGACAGACACCUGAUAUUAGUCUUGGUCGGUGUGCUUCUGGCUGGGCUUUUAGUGCAGCUGGUGCCAUCGAAGGACAGAUAUUCCGGAAAUACGGCAAACGUGUUUCCUUGAGUGUGCAGAACCUCCUGGACUGCUCUCAGGCUGAAGGCAAUGAGGGCUGCAAUGGUGGUCUAAUGAGUAAUGCCUUCCAGUAUGUUAGGAACAACAGAGGUCUGGACACAGAAGAAUCCUAUCCAUAUGUUGCAAGAGAUGGACCCUGCAAAUACAGGCCUGAGUAUUCUGCUGCCAAUGUCACUGCCUUUCAGACAAUUCCUCGGCGGGAGGAGGCCCUAUUGGUGGCAAUGAAAAACAUGGGAUCCAUUUCUGCUGCUAUAGAUGCAAGCUUGGAUACCUUCCGCUUCUAUAAAGGAGGCAUUUAUUAUGAUCCAAAGUGCAGCAGUGAAGACCUGAAUCACGGUGUUCUGGUGGUUGGCUAUGGCUUUCAAGGAAAAGAAUCCGAUAACCAAAAAUAUUGGUUUGUCAAGAACAGCUGGGGCACUGACUGGGGCAUGGGUGGCUACAUAAAAAUGGCCAGAGAACGGAAUAACAACUGUGGAAUCGCCACCAGGGCCAGCUUUCCUAUCGUGUGAGAUGAUGAUGAUGAAGAAGGCCUUGACUGAUAACAGAAUAUCCAGGAAAUGUAUUUUAUUCUAAAGUUGAUCACAUCUUAUUUUGUGGGGUAAAACACUUGAAUCACUUGGAGAUCCAAGUUGUGACGAAUUCUGUUAGUGUUUACGCUGGUGACGAAACUACUUCUUUAAUCCCUGCUCUAAUCAACAGUGUGUGAUUAAGUUGCUUAAUAACUUUUGAAUGCUCAUGUUUUAAUUUUUUUAAAUUUAUUCUUGAAAGAGAGACAGGCAGACAGGGUGUGAGUGGGGGAGACCAG